AUGGAUUCAGGGAAUCCUCAAUGCAAGGACUUGGAGUCUCCUGAGUAUAAGAACUUCAUCCUAUCGCUACUGAUCGUGCUGGGGAUUCUCCUCUCCUAUCUCCCCCAACACUACCGCAUCAUCUCCCUCAAAACCUCCUACGGCAUCUCCCCGUACUUCGUCCUGCUAGGAACCACCUCCAGCUCGUCAGCGUUGGCCAACGUCUUAUCCCAACACAAGAGCUUACAAGAUGCCUCCUGCUGUAGUAGUAUAAGCGGAUUCGCUUGCUUUGCAGGACUUCUCGGUGUACUACAGAUCGCAACGCAAUGUUUCUGCUUCUUUACUAUACUCUCCCUCUUCGUCGCCUACUUCCCCCGCAUCAGUUCCUCCGAAGCCAAAGAAAGCCCCUCCUACCGAACCGCUCUAAUCGUCGCCGCCAUCUGCGUGUUCCACGCCAUCGCCGUGCUGAUCGUCACCGUCGUUAUCGGCGUCAAGAAGCCCUCCUCGCUCCAAGACUGGUCCAACUUUUGCGGGAUCCUAGCCGCCAUUCUCUCCUCGAUCCAAUACUUCCCGCAGAUCUACACCACCUUGAAACUCCGCUGCGUCGGCAGUCUCAGCAUCCCCAUGAUGUGCAUCCAGACGCCCGGAAGUCUCGUCUGGGCCGGUAGUCUGGCCGCUCGCUACGGUCUGAAGGGCUGGAGCACCUGGGGCGUGCUGGUCGUCACGGCCUGUCUGCAGGGCACGCUCUUGGCCCUGGGCGUCUUCUUCGAGUACCUAGGGCCCGACCGAGGCCAUCCGCACGAGCACGACAAAGACGCAGACAAUGAGGAGUCCAUCGGAGAGGAGUCGCAGGAUCCGUCAGAGCAGACCCCGCUCCUGCAGUAG